AUGAUUUAUAGACGUAGCACACUACUCAUAAGGUUGCUGAAAACCCUUCGACAGUCUGUGGCCGGAUUCCUUCUUCUUGAAGCUCAUCAGGCGCAGUCCCCUAGUGUCCGUCAAUCUUAUGCACAACUUGAACCCGACUUACACAAAGUUAGCACAAUACACUUGUUCUCAGACACAUUUAUACGUGUUAUUUCUCAACUAAAAGCAAGUGACUGUGCUACACUAGGCCGCCUCAUGUUUCAGUUGUCACGAUAUUUGAGAUAUCGCGAUACAUGUGGAUUUGUAAUGCACUACUCAUAA